AUGGCGCCGAAUGAUUCAGUAUUGAGCCUCGUUACGGCCGAUCCAGGCCUGCCGCGACCCAAUCCCACCCAGUCCUACUGGCAGCACAUUCCACAUGCACUCGCCAACGUCCAAUCCUCAAAAUUGCCAACUGACCGAGAUUUUGCAAUCAUUGGGUCCGGCAUCACAGGUUUAUCUGUUGCUAAAACCCUCUUGGAACGCCACCCUACUGCCACAGUGACCGUUUUGGAAGCCCGUGCGCUUUGUUCAGGCGCGACUGGGCGCAAUGGUGGGCAGAUGGCUGCGAAUGCCGGAGAGCAGUAUAUGAAUCUUGCACAGACUCAUGGGGUCGAAACGGCGGGCAAGGUUGUGGAUUUUACAUUCCGCAAUUUGGAGAAGAUGCAGGAAUUAAUUGAAGAGUAUGGUGCUGUGGAGUUCAGUGAGAUGCAACGUCUGCGGAAGCUGCGAGUCUUUUUGACCCAGGGGAAGUUUGAAGACUUCAAGAAAAGUAUCACGCGUCUCGAAACGGAUUAUCCUUCUAGGAAAGGGCUAUAUACAAUUUUAGAUGCGGAUGCUGUGCUUAAGGCUAGUCUGGAGUAUGGAAUUCAUGGAGCAUCUGGAGGAGCACUGCUUCCAGCUGGGACGGUCUGGCCAUAUCGUCUUGUCACCAAAAUAUUCGCGGCACUCUUGAAAAAAUACCCAGGUCGCCUGACAAUUGAGACACAUACACCGGUCGAGUCCGUUGAGCACAUUUCAACAGUCGUCUCGCCAAUCAAGAGUAUUUAUCCAUACAUACUACGCACUUCUCGCGGUCCAUUACGAGCACGGACUGUGAUUCAUUGCACCAAUGGAUACAGCGGACAUCUCCUUCCUCGCCUAAGAGGACUUGUCCAUCCUUUCAAAGGCACAAUGACAGUUCAGGAUCCGCAGAAUGCUGUGCCAAAUCAAGGCACGGCUGUGUCAUGGGGUUUCCACUACCCUCCAUCCUAUGAUGUCAAAACCCAACGUCUAGGAUAUGGCCUGUACUACCUAGGACAGAGUGCAAAGACCGGUUAUUUCUACUUCGGCGGCGAGAAUGCUCGUUAUGAUGAGUCAAUAACUGCAGACGACAGCUCCGUGGCUGACCAUUCUGUUAAACACUUGGAGGUCGUCCUUCCACGAUUUUUUGGCAAAAACGACAGAUCCGAUUGGCGCCUGGUCAGUUCGUGGAGUGGUAUUAUGGGUUAUUCCUCCGAUGGUCUGCCAAUGGUCGGACGAUUAUCACCGGCGCUGACAGGUCGAGAGGGUGAUGGCGAAUGGAUUGCUGCUGCAUUCAAUGGAUAUGGUAUGGCGAACAGUCUGAUGAGUGGCGAUGCGCUGGCUUUGAUGAUUUUGGGCGAAGAUGUUAGUGACUGGCUCCCAGUUGCGUAUGGACUGGGCGAAAAGAGGCUCCGAGAGACGCUCACAGUCUCAGGGACACUCAAUUCACUACGCUCAAAACUAUGA